AUGGACACGUAUUGCACAAUCGAGGAAACCGCUCGAAACUUGCAGUUUCAGCCAGGUGUUGAUGCGUUCUGUCUCUCCUUCGACCUCUUGAUGACCUUCGUCGCUGAUCAGUAUGCUCAAUUCACCCUCCUCGAAUCCUUACUGGCUCGGCCUGACGUAUUCCUUACCGAUUCCUUCUUUUGUUUUGGUGACUGGAGGCUACGUAAAAAACUUAUUGAACGCUACUACUCUUUGGAAGAUACGCUGUGCCGUGAACUCCUUGGCAGCAAACUCUCUGCACGCUUCCGUCGUGAUCUUGUCGACAUUGCGGAGCGAUGCGGUCUUCGUCUGCGCAGUUGUCGACGCCAAUACGAGAACCUCCGGCGUGUCGCGCGACUGGUGGAGGAUACGCCCGGUCGCCUGUGCGACAUCAUUCGCCGCUCUUUUGCUCUACCUCCCCCGCUUGCUGAAAUCUAUGCCGCGAUGAUCUUUCUCUCGGUCAAUCGUUUCGAGACUUCGAAGCGCUGCUUCUCGGGCGCCACCUUUGCCGACUUCACGUAUUGCGCAGAGCAACUGAUGACCUACUGGACGGUCGCGGACAAUCUGGAGAGCAAAUUAGACUCCCCAGUGGACUUGGAACUUGAUUUCGGGUUCUGCACCGAGUUGAAGGUCCUCAAGUUGCUGACGGAGAAGCAGACCUAUUUUGAGCGACACAAGAGCCUCGUCAUUCGUCAAAUAUCCUCCUCGGUCUCGGAGUCCUGCCUGAAUGGGAUAGAGCUCAACUUCAAGACUCUCUCCAAGGCUAUCACAACUAUCGCGACGGGAUUGUCGCACGCAAAAGAGGUGCGAGACCUCUUUCUGGACAUCAUGGAGAAGGUCAUCGAGGUUGUGGUGGGUGCCCAGUGGACCUUCCAGGAGUUUUCUAGUUUCCUCACCUCCUUUGAUGAGACUCUGCGAAUUCUGCCUCCGGCAAAGUCUUCAUCGUUUCAACGAAGUUGGGUGCGUUUCUUUGCUCCCUUCAAGUCGAUCUGCCUGCGCCUCUACUCCCUCCCAGUGAACAGCACCACUGCCACCACCAUCACCAAUCCCUAG